CUUGGGGGUGGGGGCCGGAGCUGUCCGGAGAUGCCGCAGGGGGAGGGUUCUCACGCCGCACGGGGCGGAGUCCUGGGACUCGGGGAGGGACGUGGAACCGGGACGGGUGGGAUCUCCGAGCUGGUGCCACUGGGAGGCGGAGCCCGGCGGCGGGGGGCGGAGCUAGGAGCGUCCGGGGACGGAGCCUGGCUCUUGAAGGAGGAGCUGGAGGAGGUGAAAGGCGGAGCCUCGGGGUCGGAAGCAGAGGGGGACGGAGCGCAGCCGCUGGGGGCGGGGCUUCAGCCGGUGAGUGGCGUGGCUACGGCUCCGGAAAAGGGGUCUAGUUCUGUCGAAGGCGGGGCUGCAGGCCCGGGGGCGGCACCGCGUCCUCCGAAGGGCGGUGCCAAGGAGCCAAGUGAGGAGCCUGGCCCGAGUAAUGGCCCCGGGCGUCCUCGCGGGGGUGGUCUCCGUGGUGGCCGGGCUUGGGGACGCCGUAGGCCGAGAACUCCACCGGGAGAGGUGGUGUGGGUGGAGCGGGCUCGGCGGCCAGCAGACACAGGGCCAGUCUGGGUGCCCCGGAGACCCCCAAGGGCUCAGAGUUGGGGCGGCGCCCCGGGCGGAGGCACAGGGCCAGGCUGGGGGGUAUCUCCCGAGGACCCGGGCUCCUCGGAACCACCCAGUGGGGAUGUGUGGGUGCCUCGGGGCCGGCCCCCUGCAGCGGCCGCAGAGGUGUUGGUGUGCUGGGCCGGGGGCAGCUGGGUGUGGCGUGAAUGGGGCCGCCCAGUCGGGGCAACUGCAGUGCAGCCAGAUAGGGUCUGGACUUUGCGUAAAGGGACAGGCGGGAACUGAAGAGCGGAGGUGGGGACUGGGAGGGAGGGAAGGUAU